AUGGAUCUGGGAUCACUCAGUCCUGAGCUACGAUCCAAGUUAAAGGAAGUCCAGACCAUCGCAAGUCGAGCCACCCGGCAAGAGACUCAAGGAGACUAUGAGCAGGCAUUCUCCCUCUACGUGGAUUCGGUGCAGAAAUAUCUCUUUUUGAUACGAGCCCUCCAGGAUGGUCCCUUGAAAGAGCAGCUUAAAGCCAUCUCCUCAAAGUUAUUGAAACGAGCCGAACUAAUCAAGUCGUCCCGCCCCCAAUUAAGCUUAAGAGCGCCCGUUCGGGACCGAACCUCUUCAGAGGAGCAAGAUGCAGUUCUUCAAAGAUCUCAAAAGAUCAAUGGCCUAAGCUUUCCACCCUGGCCGCCCUCCCAUUCAAACCAAAUGAAGGACCCUUCACAUCAGUCACAAUUGGCCUCAGUGCAACCAGCGUUGAGCCCUGUCCAGCAGCAAGCGUUUCUCGAGUGGAGAUCGAUCAAAGAAGCGAAUCCAGAUCUCCAAGUUUACAAGGCCGAUGCGCUGGAUCCAACAGAUAUCGUUCAGGAUGUUGUCACUGAUUGCUCCUUGAUCGCCGCUUUCUCCGUUCUCAUCAACCACGCCAAACAGUUCCAAUCUAAACUUCACACUGAAUGCUUGUAUCCAAAGGGACCAGACGGUUCUCCGCAAGCGUCUACAGACGGGAUUUAUAGGGUCAAAUUGUUCCUCAAUGGAACCAAGAGAGAGAUCUGUGAGAUUUUUGGACUUCUGGUAGAUGAUAAAAUCCCAAUUGGCACCUCCGGAACGAGUAUGUGUGCUAAAUCGCGUCAAGGCCUCUACUUCUGGCCAUCUCUGGUGGAAAAAGCAUACAUGAAGGUGAUGGGUGGAUAUGAUUUUGUUGGAUCAAACUCGAGUGUUGACUUGCAUGCGUUGACGGGCUGGAUACCAGAAACGAUUUUACUGACCAGCCAAGAGUACCGAAGUGAACGCUCUUGGAAUCGCGUCUACUCCGGCUUUUCCCAAGGCCACUGCCUAGUCAGUGUAGGUACCAACGGGAAUAACCUGGAUGCCUUGGAGAAUGUGGGACUGGUGCCGUUUCAUGAUUAUGCAGUUAUCGACAUCCGGCAGGACACCAAGGGAAAUCGGUUGGUCACUUUGUAUAAUGCCUGGAACGUUGUUGAGCCGCAACCAGCACCCUCGACUCAGUGGACGACUCAGUUAGAAAACGCCUUGCCUAAAAUCCCAAUAAGUCGCCGACCUGAACGAGUGGGAACGUUUACUAUAUCUUGGGAAUCACUGCAGAUGUACUUCGAGACAGUGUAUCUUAACUGGGACCCUAGUCCAUUCAAGUUUCAACGCAUGGUCCAUUUCUUCCACCAUCCGCUUCCAGCCUUUGAAGUCAAAUUCGAUCAUGGGCCCGCCCUUGAAUCCGAUCCUGAAGUUUGGAUCCUUCUCACUCGUCAUCUUGACAGUCAAGUUACAGACAACAAGAGCUAUAUGUCCUUACAAGUCUUUUUGGACGAUCAGGAAAAUACUUCUCGGGCUCAGAAAAACUAUGAUUCGUUGGACCAUGGUCUUCCCCCAUUGACGGCGACUCCUCUUUCGAAUUCCACUCAUCUUCUAGCUAGGUUUUCGUUGCCUAAUAGACGAGCGACGUAUUUGAUCAACUUUUCAUUUCACGACGACCGGGAAACUAGAACUCAAGCCGACAAUUCAAACGUUGUGUCCAAACCGGUAGCAUUAACAUUGCAAAUAUUUUCUCCAGUGUCAAUUAGUCUAUCCGACUCGACUCCAGUCCCGUUACCAUUUUCAAAAGAGCUCGAGGGACAGUGGACACCAAAGACCUCAGGCGGAAAUCACGCGCUCGCGACGUAUUCCAUUAACCCGAUGUGGAGGAUUACCAUCGAGGAGAGAUCCAGCUCGGAGCGGAAUGAGUCAGGAAAAGGCAAGUUCAGGGCAAGCUUAACCACGAUUGAUGCCAGCGGGAGUCUAGACACGAGGAAACCCCUGAACGUCAAACUCAUUCGAUCUAGUGGCGAUGGUCGAGUAUAUGAGGUCGAGCGACGUGAUGUAUUAGCGGACUCUGGAAGCUAUACUCUUGGUCGAGCGCAGUUACGCGUCAAUCAACUUCUACCGGGAAAAUAUACAAUUGUGCCUUCAACUUACCAAGCUGGAGUGAUUGGAUUAUUCAAACUUCAAUUGGAAUGCGACUUGCCUCUAACUAGAGUAGAGUCUAUCCCUUCAGAAGGAGCUGGCAUGUACAAGCGUGUAGGGUGUUUGAGUUGGGAAGAGGAGAAGCGAAGGGCCAGCUUCUGGCGUCUCACUGGCGGCAAAGGCUUGGUAAAAACCAAAAUCAAGCUUCAAGCUACACAUCAGCCGGGCGCCUAUCCGAUCAAGUUGACUUUGAUUCAGCACGAAUCUAGUCAAGACGAAGGGAAAGUAAUUAGUCCGGGGAUCUUUACAAAUGCGCUCAGUGGAGCAGCCAUCGGACCUCUCCAGCUAUCUUUCUCCCAGAAUUUUGAAUAUACUAUCUUGGUCGAAGCGUUGGGCGACUCCUGUGCCACAAAGGGAGAGGGCUACGUUUUGACAGUCUACGCUGACCAAUCCUUGAGCUUGGAUAGAAUAGCAAAGGAAACAAGGUGA